CAAUCCUCAACAUACGUCCGCAGGUAACAAACUUUCACACAAUGGUUCUUGAUGCAAAAUAACAGUAUUUGCCAGUAGUGCGACUAAAAACCUCGCGGAUAUUUUCCUUCCACGUUUGCAAUAACUUUGUGAUUAAAAAACUGUGAUAUUGUGUUUUUGUACAAAAUGGCUCCUGAAAUUUCCAACUGUUGUGGUUUCAGCCUGAAACAUGGAACCAUUAUUAUUGGCGUUGUUCAAAGUAUUAUUUCCUUCAUGUUCUUGAUUUUAUCAGCAGCCUACGCCGAACAUCCACACGAAUUACUGGAGAUAUCUGAUCCCGGAAUUGUACCGGAUAUAAGCGUUUUACGCUGUCUUUUAAUUAUCAUUGCUGUUGCAAGUGCUGUACAGUGCAUUCUUUCAAUUUUAAUCAUUUUUGGAGCUGAGACAAACCGACCAGUAUUAUUGGUACCUUGGCUGAUAUUCAAUCCUGUUGCAAUAGUUGUGUACAUAAUCUCAAUUCUUGUUGCUAUUAUUCAUCAUUCGGGACAUAACGCUACAUUUUUCAUUAUUGGCCACCUAAUUAUUGGAGCUAUUGUGUCGGUGAUUGCUCUUUACAACAUUAUUGCAGUGCACAGUUUCUACAAACACCUCAAGAGUUUAAACUUUUAAAUGUUUUAUUAAUCACAGUAUUAUGUAUUGACACUAGUUUUAGAUUUAUUUGACAAAUUACUUUAAAGUAAUCAACUUAUUUCACUAAAGUAGUUGCAAUAAAGACAUAUAAUUUACACAA